AUGCAGCCACCCUCCCCUAACCCCAGCAUCACCUUUGGGCCACUAGUGUCUUUAUCUGGAGAACCGAUCAGCGAGGAGCCCAGUCUUAACAGGGUGCCCUCUUCGCUUGACUUCGCGUUUUCUGAGCCAGCAAACACUCUGCAUUCUCAUCAGAUGGGCCAGGGUGCUUCAACGCCCCAGGAUGGCAGGGAGACGUCGGCUACGAGGAGGAGUGGAGCACAACAACAACAACAACAACAACAACAACAAGAACAAGAACUACAACUACAGCAGCAGCAGCAGCAAAAUGGAGGAGUCGGGGCGAGCCAAAACUCGGCUGCUCAGAAUGUGACUAGGAAUAGCAUUAAUUCUGGGGUAUCAGAUGAGACGGCCACGGCGGUUCUCAGGAGGAGCAGAAGAUUACGAAAUCAUAUUGAACACAUCUCGAGAAUCGGGAACAGGAUAAUGUCGCCGGGUUCGUCUUCGACAUCAGUGGGCAACAGGAUGCAAAAUAUCCGUUUCCGUUCCCGCAGCUCACGUUUCUCAAAUUCCCGCUCGCCCUCACCUACAUCUCUCGGCGGGUCCUCACGUACUCGGCCUUCGUCGCCACGCACGCGACCACGCAACAUUCCUCGCUCCACAUAUAUUCCUGAAUCAGACUUUGGCGACAUGAUGGAUAUAUCUCCUGUCACCACUAUUACCCCACAACCACAGACCCCAUCCUUUGCAUCGCCCGCCGAGCCUGUGCCCCCAGCCGAAUCCCGCCCUUCGCGCAUGUCGAGGGUUAGAUCCUCCUUAUCAAUCAGUUCGUGGCCCAACAUCCUUCCGGAUAUUCGUACAGGCAGCUCUGCUCGCCCGCCUUCGGGAAGACCAUCGCAAUCCAGGUCUCGUAGGGCGAGUAUGUUCGGUUCAGCAUUCGGUGAUCACAGCCAUAGUGGGGACAUUGAUAUAGAUAUGCCUUCGGCGCCAGAUCCCAACCCAGUAUCCCAAUCCGGGCCUUCCCAGUCCAGCACACCCCAGUCCAGACAAGAUCGCCCUGCCAGUGGCGCCGGAACUUUGAUGGAUGAGCUCGACAAUAACCCUGCUCGCGUAAGACCGGGGGAAGAUCAGGCUGCGAUGUUGUCGAGGUUACUUUCCGUCGCCGCUGCAGCUACGGCAGCGUCGCUCGUUGGAGGGACUGAGCAGGCAAUUAGAGAGGCUGAAGAUGUCGCUGGGGAUAACGGGGGGGAUGGGAGCUUUGAGUCUUUCUUAAGAGCUCUCCAAAAUGGACGUCUGGCUGCGGCCCUUAGAAAUGGUGGAAAUGAAUUGGGUGGGGGGACGCCAGCGGAUGGCGAACGUGCAGAGUCGGUCAUGCCUCCACUUAAUUUCUUCCGGAUGUUCCGCUUUGGGAGCAACGCCAAUUCGAAUGCAGAUCACGGUAGGGAGGAGGGUCCUGACGGCUCUCGGUCCCGAAUGGUUCCGGUUAUUAUUGUAGGGAUUCGUUCCGUCACCCCAAGAGAUACAACAGAGGCAGAAGGCAACAGGCCAGCUCCAUUCUUUGACGCUCUCGCCAAUCUUCCUGUCAAUAUUCCAAGUAUUCACCGUAGACCAAGGCUCAGCAAUAGCCAUAGAAGAGCUUCAGUGGGUGGUGCGCCUGGCAGCUCAUUUGGAUUUGAUAACCAAAGACAUUCUCGUGGGGCGUCUGUUGGGUCGUUCAGGCCAACGUCUGAACUUGAUACUUUGCCAGUUCCACCAUCCCUCUCCGAAUCUUCCUCCGGGGCACUCCCACCUCCUUCCUCUCCAGCCGAUCCCGGCAUGCCAAUCUUCCGUCAGGAGCCGCCUGCCCCUGAAUCCAGAGCUCCAGUCGACUCGCCAGAAGUUAAUGCACUUUCUGAUGAUACCGGAGUGGAGUAUGGAAGUGGGAGGGAACCAUCGCGCCGGCGUUUGUCGCGGCGUCUGAGCAGCCCGGAGGCUUUGCCACCACUUGGGAGGUCUGGAGGAAGCAGCAAUUCAGGUAGCACUAGUUCCGCAAACGGGGGUGGCGGGUCUGGUGGCAGCAGGCGUCCUUCGGGUAGUCCUGAGGGUACUAGAAGCUGGAUUAUCUAUGUACUUGGUGGCUCGUACCCGGAGGAUCACCCAAUCCUCACGACUCCGAGCUUGUUCACUGAUGUAAGCAUCAAUUCUCGGGUUGUGGACUUGGGAAUUAAUUCUGCCCUGAAGGCGGAUACGUUUGUUCAGUUCGCUAAUAUUGAACUUGUAGGCUCCAACGUACGAAGAUAUGAUGCUUCUCUCAUCCUUGCUCGGUCCGGCGAAGCCCCCUGUAGCAACUAGGGACGAUGUCAAUUCUGCUGGUGGGAUCUUCACCUUUGGUGAUGGAGGUGCCCUUGGCGCCGAAAUCGCCGAGGGGGACAGAUGCUUGAUCUGCUUAGGUGAUUACGAGGAUGGUGAGCAGUGUCGCCAGCUAACCAAAUGUCAACAUGUCUUCCACAAAGACUGUAUUGAUGAGGUAGGAGAAUAGUUGUGGAGUCUUUGAUAGAAUCAUUCUGACUAUCUUUAGUGGCUGACUACUGGACGCAAUUCGUGUCCUCUAUGCCGAGGCCAAGGGGUUAACGAAAAAGAGCAGUCAGACCAUGCUCCGCCUCCGGCUGCAUCGGAUCCCCUUGCCCAGGAUCCCCUAGGUGCUGUUACUGCGUCAUAACAAACGUUUUGGUAUCUUCACGGUUUCCCCCGGUCUGGACCAAUUGUCUCUCCCUUCACCAGUCGUUUCCCUACAUUGGACUGGAUGGAUCGUGUUGACUGUUUUAUCAGCUACCCCGUGUGGGCCCAUAUACCUUGCCCACUAUUUUUUCUUUUUUUUUUCUUUCUAUCCCUUUACGUCUUUUAGCCUUUGUGCCGUUCGGAGUAUCUUUUACGUUGUUUUUCCAUAUUUUUUUUUUCGGAAAUGGUGAGAAGACGGUUCUUGGGUUUGUUGCAUAGUUAGGUUGUUCUCGCCCCUUCUUUUUUCGUUUCCUUUUCCCUGCUCCUUUAAGUUUCAUGCGCUGGGAGACUUCAUGAUGGCCAGGGCCCACAAACUGUACUGUCAUUCACAUAUUUCGGUGGUAGGCGUCGUGUGUUGAUUUUUCUUCUGUGGGUUGAAGCAUCUAUGUAGUCUUUGGGUGCUGUUGUUCAUCCGCCAUUGUACCCUAGUAUCCUAGCAUUGUUGCGCAUUGAGGACCAAUAUUGGUUUCUUGGCUAAUGCAUUGCCUCUUCUCAACUCCUCGAUCUCGUUUUUCAGGUUUCUUCCCUUCAUUGCGAUGAAGUGUUUUUCUGGAGGGGUUGGGUUAGCAUUUGGGUUCGGGUCCAGGGUUCCAUUUUCCUUCCUUUUAUUGUUGCUAAAUUUGUUGGUGGCCCCUCCCUGUACCGUAUUUUUGCCCAGUCUUCCCUUUUGCGAUUUGUCACUCUACCCAACCUAUGUUUGUCUCCUGUGGGUUGCCACCAGCCUGAUGGCAGUACAUGUUCUUAGAGCACUUAAUUUCUAGACGUCGGUCGAUUGAUCCGUUGAUUCAGCGCACCUUUUGAUAUCAGGUAUAAUAGGCAGGUGUGUAAGUGCCAGUACGAUACAGUGCAGUGCGGUGGAACCCCACAGUAUGUCGUACCCAUGCUGGUCAAUUAAAUGGUACCCUUAUCGUAACAUACACUCUCCUAGACCUAUCCGUGCCUGGACUGAUCCUUUGUUCGCUUAUCGCAAUAUACGGUAGCAUCCCCUUCACGGAAAAUGGGAUUCGGGGAAGUUCUAUAGGUUCCUCCUCUGGUCCCACAACAGUGAAUUCUGCCUGGUUCGUCAGCCUAUGCAAAGUGGUCUUACACACGCAGGCCUCCUCUUUCAUUAUCUUGGCCCCAGGUCUUGCACUUGCUGCGGUACGGUGUAAGGCUAGCUAGCUAUCAUAUCAUUGGUUUGUAUCAGCCUACCUAUAGUAAGCUUAAUUGGUUGAUUAGGGACAAGGCAGAAUCGAAUCCAGUUACUCGAAUCUACCGCAUCGGCACCGGUCCCCCGGUAUGCCUUUUUUUUGUUCUUUCCCCCGCUCCCUCUCCUUCUGAUUCGCCUCUCGUUCACAUCUCUCUGUCCAACUAGUGGAUGGAAUUUUGAAACGGUGAUAUGACUCCCUGCCCAUAGCGCUCAUGAGCUGAGAUGGUUUUCGCUGAUCGUCUUUCCUCCUCAUGAUAGGUUGGAUCCCACAGCGAAAGUCGCAAGAGCGAUCACAAUCACUUUCCCGCGACGCGCCGGUGUGGGAUACAUCCGGUUUAGGACACGGGGGGGUGCGCCUCUUUGACGAUAGUAUUACGCCUGUUUGUUGAGCGCAAGUACUAUUGGGGUUGUCGCCCCCGCCGAUGUGGGGUGCUUGAUAUCGAGAGGUGGAUCUCGGUGGCGAAGGAAGGGUCUGCAUAGUACGUGGUAGUGGGAUUACAAUAGUUAUUUAGCAGUCGAGGAAUGGUGUGGGAGUGAUAAGUUGUGGUUGGACUAUUGAGGCGGGAUUGGUGAGUGGGUAGGUGGCUGGGAGGGGGGUGGGAAGGCUUGGGGUGAAGGAUAGGGUGGCUUGAUAUAGGGGUGAAGGAUAGGGUGGCUUGAUAUAGGAGAUGGGAUUAGUAGUGGCAGCUAUAGACUGUGACACUCUAAGAACAAGCAGGAAAUCAGUUUCUCACCAGUGCCACAUAUUAUAACAUUCUUAUUUCAGAUUGUUUAAAGGCUAAAGCUUUGUUUGGCUUCAGCUAUUUAUGAAUUCGGGUCAAGUUUUACAGAAUAGUAGGUUUCUGUAACAGGUAAGGCUGGGAGUUCAGGUAGUUUAAGACUCACUACUAGAGUGGACAGGAUUCAGGAUAGGAGGACAGGUUCAGGUAAAUAAGUAUCAUACCAUGGUACUUGUUUCAUGUCAGGGGUUUAGGAUUAAGGUUUGUAAGUGUAGGUCAUAUGACUGAGGAAGAAGUAUAGUUUAAGAUACAGAUGGUAAGAGGAAAAUACCAGAUUGUGUAAGGAAUAUAGAGUGAAGAAAGUAUAUCUUUAUAUAAUAAAAGAAAUGAACCCUAUUACUAAUCUGUUAUCAUACAGCUAUUCUAAAACAUUCUCUUACUGUAUUGAUCCUACAAUAAUAACAUCAGUAAAAAUAAUCAAGGGCACUGAGUAUUAGCCACUGCGUCCAAUGGGGUGUCUGAGGAAUCUAGAGUCAAAGACAGCACUUUACUACAACCUUGCUUGAGUAAAUACUACUUCCAGAACAGGCUGUAACUCUACCAAUAUUGGUGUUCAGUAGACAUCCAAUAUACGAUUAAGAAUCUGACAAUGAGUAGAAUCAAGGUACUGAGUACCAGGUGCUAUACUCAAAGAACAUAUAAGGAAUUGGGCAUUAAAGUCAGCACUUCACUAAAGUAAAUACUUUUUUUAUAGUAUGCAGUAACUCUACCAAUAUUGACAUUAGGUAGAUGUUCAAUAUGCUAUUGGAAAGCUGGCAUCGAGUAGGAUUAGCAUACCAAAUAUCGUCUUCUCUGUUCAUCAGUAAAAAUUCAUUUGUGUCAGAUCUGCGUGUCUCACAUCCCAACACAGUGCACUCGUCCCCUGUGUCCCCUGCAUCUCCUGUGUCCCGUAGGUCCACUACUCCAGUGCAAUGCCCCCCUGCGUCAUCUGUGUCCCUCUUUUUACUCUGUUGAUUCCCUCCGUCUCCAAGUAGGCGCCAUCUGCCCAUACAUCCCCACCGCGUCCUGUUUCUGAUUCAAUCUUGUCAUCAUCCUGAGCCGCCGUGACCAGAGGUCAACUGCAAGAUCAAGCUUUCUCCACAUCCUGAUCCUCUGUUCUCGCUCCUUUCCUGAUUACUAGUUUCUAGUCACCAUUACUGCAAUCCAUUAACUACCAAUUUGAUUGCCAGGCCCAGCAUUCCUCAGCUAUGACAGCCACCUCUCGGUUCCCGUUUCCUCCAUGUUUGCCCCUGGUUAGCACAUUUGAGUCUACGGCAUCACCUUUCUGAUGCCUAAAUGAAAGUUUUGACUCCCGGGCUCCCAUAGCGAUGUCCACAUCUUCUCCUGUCUUCAAGCUGAUGCUGGCUCUGAACAAGGCCCACGUUGCACAUCAUCACACCCUGUUCUUGGUUUACUAGUACACAUUCUCUGGUUCUGAAUACAAUCUCAUUCAACUUGAAUCUUGUAUCAUUAAUUUUUACUCUACUAUUACCCAAUUAUUUCUACCAACAGUUUGAGUUACUACGCAAUGGAACGGAUUCCGAUGCUCCCUGCUGGCCCUGUAGUGUAUUCUACCUUGCGAUGCAGGAUACACCGAUACACCACAGGGCCUCCAUUUAUUCUCUCAGAUGUGAUCUCAAUAGAUCUCAUUGAAUGUCCUCAAAUUGAUUCUACUAUUCACCAGCCAUCGCUGGUCACCAGCUGGGACCAGGUGCACCUGGCCCAGAAUGAGCCCAAUAUCUACUAUUGGAAACUGUUGUGCCUCUGUCCUCUGCUCUACAGUGACGAGACCAUGGGCAUCGGAUGGCCGCCUGGAAUUAAGCACUCUUAUCAUUUCUACCAUUGCGAGUCUGUAGACCCUAUCUUGGUGCCUGUAGUCCCGGAUCUUGAACAGUACCCUGAGUCUAGUGGGAAGACGUCCUCUGAUGGCACCAUACAUGUGCUUCCCUCCUGCCUGCACCCAAACCAAAUCAUUGUGACUCUGUUGCUUGUAAAGGAGCCAAGAACCCAUACACCGUGGGCAGUGGACAUUAGAAACAUUGGUUUCCUGAAUUACAGGAAUGGGAAUUUCAAGUUGCAUCAUCAGUUCAGUCGGAAGUAGUGGGAGUAUUGCAGGAUCUUCAGGAAGCCAGCACUCUAUUGGCAGGCUCUGACGGCUAUACCGGAUCCAUUUAUUACAAAUGCUGUUAGUAGAAAUUCCGACCACCUUGCACAAAUCCAUGAUGUUCGAAACUUCAUGCUAUUAUCCCUUUAGGAUCCUGCGGCAUGUGACUGACCCAGAUGCGGUAUCUUCUACCUUCAACAGGUCAAUGGCCUCUGGAGGUAGAUCUGUACCUCGACAUCAAAGUGCGUUCAGGUUCAAGAGUCUCAUGUGUAUCCCAUGCUGUUUACUGUAGCUCUGUAGGAUCUGGCGUGCUAUGUUGUUUUUGUUCGAACGCCACCAGCCAUCUUUGAUUUGUUCCUUAUAUGCGAGCUCGCCAAACUCUGUUGAAUACAUUUGAAUGUCGCCGAACUGAUAUAUGUGAUCUGGAAAAUGGCUGAGCAGAUGCAUCUUAAUAAAGUUAAAAUGAGAUUCGGCAUGGAUCAGUUCUAGGCAUAAGUCAUUGUCCUUCCCACGAUGUGCUUCCUGCAUCCGACGCUGCUUGGAUUUGCUGAGAGAUUAAUCCACACACCCUGGUAGACAUCACUACUCUCUUCAUUGGUCGUGGAGGUUUUCUCAUGUCCUUUUAGAUAUCUGAAACUUCCAGAAGCUAUCCUUCAUCAAAUGAAAACAGGCAAGAUAUUGUUCCAUAUAAUCUAUGGUCUCCGGGGUAUGGCUACGGUAUUGAGCCAUCAAACUGAAAUCGAGCAAUGACCAGAUGCAGAUGAGCGCAUAUUUGAAAGGCGUUGCUUGCGUACUGUCUGGCAGUCUGAGAGCUGUAGCAAGGACCCCUAAGAGGCAACGUCCUAGGUUCCUCAUUUCCUUUCCUUACCACUGUGUAUCCUCACUGUAGGCCUUUUGGAGGACAAAGAAUUCCGGAUAGGGUGGUAAUAUACUCCAGAUGUCAUCAAAGGCCUGCUGUCACCCAUGCUUCUUGAGAAAUCCCUGAACCCAGUCCAUUAUGUGCUUGAGUAGUCCAAGAUAAAUAGCAUAUAGCAAAUCUGACUGAUGCAGAUUGGAUGCUGAAGCAUGUGGAAGUCCAUGAAAAGCAUUUCACCCUACCUGGACGCCAAGGGCAUGAAAGGUGCCGUGGACUGCUGCUGAGUCAAAGUGCAUGACUCUAUCCAGACUAUCUUGUUCCAGAAGAUCAUAUUUCACAUAAUCCCAAGUGGGAUAUGGUUGCUUUUUGGCUGAACCUAACUUAUCCGCAGGGACCUCGCAUUUAGGACAGGUGUUUGAUUUUACACCAUGUAGCACAAUAUUUUCUAUAUGGUCUACAAUCCAUGUGGCCAGGAUAGGGAAGCACCUCUGAACUUGGCCGUCUGCACACUCAACCAGGACGCCAUGGAGUGCUGCAUCCUGUAAGGGCUUGAGGAUGAGUUCAAAUACUCUUUGGAGUUUGUUGACAUUGAUUUGUCUCUGGAGUUCGUUUGCAGAAGAAGACUUUGGCCACUUGGGCAGGACUAGCUGGAGCCCAAGCAGGAGAAUUGCCAUUGAUCCAGGCUUGUUAUGCCUAGUCGACGGAAGAUUUCCAACCGUAAUAUAUACAGGCCAAGCCUUCUUGUCUCCAGAGAAGUUGGUAAGAUGAGUCUGAUCAGACAUCCCAAUAAUCGAAACAACAGUCGCACCAGGUGGGAGCAUUUCUGGUACCAGUGAACCGGCAUUCACAUGACUGAUGAGAAGAAGAUAAUUUACCUGGACGUCCUACCACCAAUCUGCGGUAUGCAUUUUCAUGUACACCCUCUGUCCCUUGUAGUCAUACUCCCGUCGCGGUGCGAAGACCAAAUUAUCUCUGUAUGCUGCCUACCGCAGAAGAUAUCUGACACAGUCUAGUAUGUUCCGGUAGUACAAUGGCAAAGUGCUCUUGCUGUCAUCAACUUGGCCUUCGAACUAUCGCAGAUAUUAUCCGGGUGAAUCCAACAAUCACAGGUGGUUCUCAAGCGUAUGUAUAGAGCUAUAGCCAGCUGAGGGUGAAUCCCCGAGACCUCUUGAAAAGUAUUCAUUAAUUCAUGACUUUGACACCUUGCUCCGAAUAAACCAAGACACGAGCUUGAAUCCGUAUGCACUCAUGAAUGGUGCCCAUGAAUCCUUGAUCAGAAUACUGUUCUCCUCUUCAAAUCCUAUCACGUCUUCAAUAGAUCACCCAGCAAGUAGAUAAUAUACCUUUUUGAUGGCAUCAGGGGAUCGGUAGUCAGUAUUGAGUGCUUCUGCAUCAGGGACAUGUGCACGAUUCAGGAUGUAUCUGCUUGGACCCAAGUUGGAUUCAUAGUCAGAAUCAAUCAGAUCAUUCUGUCCAAGAAGGCCGCCAUCAUCAUUCUGUUCAGAUUCUAUGCAGAGCAGAAGCAGGCAUAUUAGGCCAGACGUGAGAACAGCACCCAGGCUGGCAUGUGCUAUUCGUAGAUGCUUCUCAUAAGGACCUGAGGAGGCAUAUUUGCGGUGGUAGAAUGAAUAUUUGAUAGGCAUAGUUCGAGGUAACGUACUGAAUAGAGGGAAGCCAACUUGAAUGUAUAUGUUGUAUGGCCCAAAGGGAAUGUUGACACGUAACGGUAUAUAUAAAUGCAGGGUAAGGGGUUUGGACACUUGAAGAUAUAGCAAAGAUUAAAGUGGCUUAGUGCAGAUACACAUGACCUGGCAUUAGGAGUAUUCUCUGAGUACUACUUUUAAAGCAGCAGAAAAUCUCUCAAGUUCUGUUCGACAGUGAUCCAAGAUGUGGUUUGAAUGUGCACAAUGGGCAUCCACAGGUCGAGAGUCUAAGGUCUGAAGUCUAAAUUACUGAAUGAUCUUCGAAAUGAUUUCAAGAGCAGUUCAAGAUUCCUAUAAUGACUCCCACUCUGAUAUAUAAAGUGAAUUGAUUGGGGCCAAAGGGAGACCAUACUAAGUGAAAUAUCUACAACUAACACCACAUUCCACAUACACAGCGCUCACAAUAUCGACCUUCUCAUGGCAGAGAAUCUGACGACAUGGUGCCAGAGAACAGCAAUCUCCGCUACGUCCACAAUCCAAAUUCUACAAAUUUACAAAAAGCUCUGUCAGGACAGGAGCGCCAGCCAAGCAGGGUCUACAUACUUCCAACCAUUUCACUUACUGGGCAGCUUAAUGCUCAGCGUCCAGGCGGCUGGCCUAUAAGUCAAUAUAAGACUUCUUUUAACUUCGGAACCGCUCGAGAUGAUCCUGUCUAUAAGGCAUGGUGCAACACUGUCAAAGAUUAACUGUCAGCAAGGAACUAUACAGAUAUCAACUCUUUGCCCAAUGAGGAUUUCGGCGAGAUUUGGAAGGGGAUGAGCAGAUUGCGUCUAGCAGGUGAUUUACUUGUAGCAGCAGACGCUGUGAAUAACAUACAAAGGAUUCAGGAGAUAGACGACGCCAUCAUUCAAUUCAUUAAGAAUGUAGGAAAAAAACUCACACAUACCAUUCUGACUAAAUGUGAUGCGGACCAGGAGCCAGCUGCUCCGCAAAUUGACCUACCGAGUGUUAUUGUUGAUGAGACCUUGCGGCCCCCUGGCGCUCUGCCUCACUGGGAUCCAGCUGUGGAAGCAGAGCCGAGUGUGUCUUAAGACCCUGCUUGGCAAAGGGCCCUGGAUGGAGAGGAUGGCCAGAUCACAUGUCAAGGUCCUGCACUGGGAGAUGCCCAUGAAGAGGGCAUCCCAGAAGAGAGUAUCCUGGUUCACUGGUAUCCAGCAUAAUUGGUACCCAAGGUAGGAGCCCCCAUGGCAGGGUGCCAGAAUGCACCUCGACGCCCAACGCAUAAACAGGAUCCUGGUAGUCAAGCUGGACUGGCCCAAGAUCAAGCAUGGGCUCCCAUAGAAUGGGCUGAUGUCCAAGAUCAGGGCGAUCACUAUGACCGCCCUACAAGAAUGAAACGGGUACCACAUGGUCUCCCAAAGCGGCCACCAGACGACGGCGAGGACGAUCCUCAAGCAUGGCCCCGAGAAGAUGUUCUUACAGGACAUCAGGCUCAUUACAGUAACUCCCAUCAACCUUGUGAUUCUCCAGCUGAAGUGGUCGCUCAGAUGCGUCCACCAAAUGCCCCAGAACAAUUGAGUCCAUUGUCAGCAGGUUAGUUAGUUCUCCAAAGGUGCUAGAUUUGAGCACUUACUUAUAAACAUUGACUUUGUAGAUUGGAACUUGCCACUUGGGCGCCCAGGUGCAGUACAUAUUGUUUGGGUCCAUUCAUCAAGAUGUGCACAGGGCCUACAUAGUGAGAAUAAGAAUGUAGCAAGUAGGCCAGCAAACCAUUGUUCUUUCUAUUGGCGUCAGUCCUAUGUCUAUGGAGUUAAAUUUGCUGAAUUAGAAACCAGCGAUAUGGACGGAUUAUGUGCUAUGAUUAGGAGAUGGGUUCCAUUGUGCUGUAUCUGCUAUAUCCUUGGUCCCACAAGUGAAGGGCACAGAAUGCUUUGGGAGUUCCCUGGUGAACCUCUAUCAUUAGUAGAAUUUGUCUUCAUUGCCGGAAAUGAAACUCUGCAGACAUGGCUGCUAUCGAACCCUAUAUAUGAGGACUCGUUGGAUCUCCUAGUCUACUGUUAUCGCGAUCAUGGAGAUGUGCAGCCAGAGAUGCCUGCUUUGAGAGGGCGAUCAUAUCUGUUGGAAGAUGCGGUGAGUUGUAUAGCUCGAGGUCAGGCUGCACAGGUAAGCCAGAUGCAAUUCUUGACAUCUGAGCAGGAAUCUGCAGCAAAUUCCGGAUCUGCUACUGCCGGUGAUGGCAGGCCGACUAAUGAGCUGCUCAAACAACUUGAACAGCAUUAACUCGAUGAGAGUGCGAUGCUGUCCUUCUCUAGCCUAUCCAUACACGAUAUUCAACCUGAGGAACACUUAGGAGACAUGGAAUCAAGGAAUCAGUUUUUAAAGCCCCUGGUGGUAGGACCAGAGAAGUCUCUUGCAAAUCCUGGACUUCUGAAACUUAAACUACUCAGUCAUCUGAGUAGUCAACAAUUGUGCCGUCCAACGCUCCCUCCACAGGAGAACGAGAAGGUCCCGAAGCGCCGUGCUACGAGUCCUCUAGAAAGUGCUAGUCACUAGUCGGGACAGAAGCGACGGCUUUUGGGGUACCAUGACAGGGAUGCAUCAGAUGGAGAUGCAAAGGAUUGAACUACCAGCCGAUGGGCAUUUGAUAUCGUGUACACCUAGAUAUAAAAUAUUAGCUUUUAGAUUUAUCAUCCCUGGCUUUUCCUUAUCAAGAUUGGUAUGCGCACAUUGUGUUCUUUUAUAUAGGUUUCUGUGCAUGUCUUCCUUCGUCGUGGAAUGUAGGAGGGCGUGUUGGAUCCAGCCAACUGUUGGCCAGGAUGAUGCAACACUGGGUCACAUGCGGUACCUCAGCAUGGUUAAGAGUUAUUGAGCAGUAUCUGCAGCCGUUAAAGAGUACCGUACCCGACAGGCAACUGUUGUGAUGGGAGGGGGGCUAUAGCAAUUAGGUUUGGCUAUCUACUACAAUAACUCUAGACCUACAUGAUGUAGAUUCAGCACAUUACGGUAAAGAAUCGCCAUUUAUCUCAAUAGCUAUUCGAUAUGCAUAAACUACUAAAUUGGCAAAAUUCCUCUGUUACGCCAAGUGAUCUGCUGGCGCCUCUUUCCUGUACACUUACCACUUACUUUAUACUGCAACACCAUGACUUAUGGUCCCUGGCGCUAUGAUAAGUGGAAAAACCAGGGGCCAUCAAUACGGUGUCUCGUUUAGAGAACAACCCCAACGUAUAAGCUGGCUUCCUUCCGCCUCUUGUCUGAUCUACCCCUCCCCUCUUUCUCCCACUUGCUUCCUCUCAUCCUUCUUCUCCCACUCACUUCCUCCUGUCCUUCUUUGUCCUCCCACUUUCCAACAAUUUCCACUCAUUCAGUUUGCUACGUUCCGGCGCACAUCAUCCCCCAUUGAGACCUUUUUUCUUUCAAAUGCUCACUAGAUCCAUGACAUCCUCAAAGGGCUACCAUGCCGCUACCUAAGACAAAACCGACAUUGUCUGCAAAGGGAAAGCCAGUAUAGAUAUUCCCCCCGUGGUUGAGCCACCAAAGCUAAUAUUCUAUCAGGCAUCCGGCCCUCCAAUGGCACUCCAGGGACCUGGCCUGUGGCAAGUACUGAAAGAUCCUUCCAUGUGUGGGAGCUCUAGUGGUGGAAUCUGAAAGAAUGUAAGUAAACCCAGUUUGAAUGUGUACAGUACGGCACUAUCUUAAUAACUUUUGUACGAAAAUAUGACGUAGUAGAGUGAGUAUACCACGGGCACGUUAAGCGAGAAGGAGUUUGGUAUGAAGGUAGAUUGGUAGUAGUUCUUGUCCUUAAUCUCUUAAAAUGAGAUGGAUGGUAAC